UCAAAAAUCUGCACCAAAACAAUAAAAGUCAGAAAAACUGCAAAUAUCUGCAAAUUUAUAAUGAUCUGCAAGCAGGGGUGUGAAAUUGUCAAAAUUUAGCGGACUAAACAUCCAUGGACGGCGACAAUUUGGAACUAGCCAGUAUACCGAAAAUAACAGCUAAAAUUAGUUAAAUUUAACUUUAAGUUUAACUGCUUUCUAAUUAGUUUCAGUAGUCUUAAAAUGAAUAAACCUUUAAGUAGGCACUAGAACCAAAAGUACCAAAACCAAUGAGUGGGACAUGUACAAUGUAUGAAGUUUGACAGCCACACCACCCCGCUGGUUACGAUACGUUGCCGAUGAUGUUCGCUGAUGGUCCGUGUGAUUCCAGCUUAAAUCAGGUUUCAGUCAGAUUGGUGCUUCAGUCUACACUACGUUACAAGCAGGAGGGAUUUUUUGGCGGGACAACCAUCAGGAGUGAAGUGAAUGUGAAAGAAGAGUGCUCGACUUGUUCACCGAACUCGUUGUUAUUGUUCUCAUAGUGAUAGUCUGAUAGUGCUAAUAGGUAUAUAGGUAUAUAAUGUGGUCAGCAUAUUGACCAUCAGAAAAAUCACAUCACUUCGUCCUUUCUCAAAAACAUUUAUUAAGUAUAAAGCGCAAAGGUGAUUGAUUUAAUCUACUUCUCAACACUUGUGGGUGAGGUAUUCGCAGCCAUGGGUGCCUCGUACCCCGAGGACGAAUUGAUUCUAUAUGAUCGUUCUCUUCUGACGAAUUUGGAUUUCUCAAGAUCACCCGCAAAGUUUAAUCCACCGAUCACUGCAGCUAGUCCUGGCGAAUCAUGGCUUCUAGUACGACCCUUACAAACGGGUGAUUACAACCGUGGCUUUUUGCAAAUAUUAUCGCAGCUAACGACAGUCGGAGAUGUGACACUACCUCGAUUUCUGAACAGAUUUGCGCAAAUGCGAGCAAGCGGAGAUUAUUUCGUAACAGUAAUAGUUGAUACUCGUUACGAUAAAAUAAUUGGAAGCGCAUCUCUAGUACUUGAGCACAAAUUCAUCCAUGGAUGUUCUGUUAGAGGGCGGCUUGAAGAUGUCGUAGUUGAUGAUACAUAUCGUGGUAAACAACUCGGAAAAUUGAUUGUUGUAACAGUUUCGUUACUUGCCCAACGUCUUGGUUGCUAUAAGAUGUCAUUGGAUUGCAAGGAUAAACUUGUUCCAUUCUACAAAUCUAUUGGAUAUACUUUAGAACAAGGCAAUGCAAAUACGAUGAAUAUCCGAUACGAACAACACAAUUCAGUUGUUACGAAUACUACUUCCAGCAAUUUGCCAUCUGAUCUCCAACCAUCCUGACAAUUAGCCGCCGGUACUGCUAUUAAAAAAUCCAAACUUUGAAAUAUUGCUUCACCAUGAAGAACAUUAAGCAGAAAAAUACUUUUUUUCUGACAGAAGCAGAGCCUUUGUUAGUUGUGCUUUUGUGCUUAUUGCUUAUAAACUUAUACAUGACAGCACCAGCACACUGCAAUGGAUGUUAAUAAACCUUUCUCGAUAAUACUAACAAUUAUUUCGUCUUUAGUCAAAAGUUAGCAAUCGCAAAAUAUUUUGUGAUUAAAAAGUUAUUUCGGUAAGAAGGACAAGCCCAACAAGCAAAAAAGCUAUGCUCCACAUUUCGUUUUGAAUUUUAAUGUUCUAUUUAAUCUCUAACCUUAUAAUGACAACUGCUUUGAAUCAUUCAUAAAACAACCCCUUUCCUAUUGAAAUAUGUUUAAAAUUUUAAUUAAAAAAAGCUAUCACUUUUGAGAAAGGUUAAUUAUCAAAAAUAAGAGAAUAAAUCAAAUUGGAUUUUUUGCUUAUAUGGCAGUAUUGGCACAUAAUUGAAUAAUUGAUGUUUAUUUCUAAAUGUACAUUUAUUUUACAGAAAUUUCUUAUCGGUGUAGGGAUUUUUAAUUAUAAAUUUAGGGCGCUAUUCUGUAAAUCACGUCGAGCAACACUGUCGAAUGUCGAGUGCAGGGAGAAGGGGCAGCAUAACGUUUCAGUGCACGUCCAAAACAAAACAAACUCAGGUGUCGUUUAGCAAGUACGUUUAGUCACCAGCCUUUUAGCGGCGGACACAGUCGAGUUAUUGCAGAUUGCAAGAAAAAUCCUUACAUUGCGGUUAUCUUGACAGCUGAACCAAACCAUCAAAAGAUAACCGCAUGAUUUAUUAUAAUAAUUAAGUAUUUGAAAAUUUACCACAUCAAUUAUUUUCCACCACAAACACGUUACAAAAUGUUAUUUUGUCAUAUUUUGUCGAACCACAAGCCAGAAAACCUAAAUUUUAAUUUUGCGGUUGUCUCGCGGUUAUCUCUUGAGCGCGUUACGACCGCCGCAGCAGGAGGAUUUAUUAUAACCGCCGCAAUACUUGACAAAAUCGCGUCGCGUGUGACUUCACAAUACCAAAAGUCGAUUAUUCGAGCAACGUGACACUCGACGUGACUUACAGAUUAGGACCCAUAAAUAUAUUUCGAAUAAUAAACGAAAAUAAAGUUAGCUCAGCUUAAUUAAUUUGUCA